CAUUAACUUCAACAUGUGUUAACGUCAGCAUUUUUGUUCCCUUCCUUCUGAUGAUAAGAGACGUGUGCAAAGCGCCUCGAAUACUCAAGCCCCAUUAUCCCAAAUUCAAGGACGGAACACAGCCUAGUGUAUUCCUCUUUCCUCCCUUCUUCCCGCGUACGCGGCGAUCCAUCACCGUCACCUUGCUCGUCCUCCCUCCCAUCUACACGUUGGGACUUAUAGAUAAGCACAUUUGAUAGCGUCAAUGUCUCGUUCAACCGACGCUGGUCUGCCCAGCUCCGAGGCCAUCGGGAGGGAAGACCAGACCCUCCUACUUUUCGCGCAACUUAUGGAAGGCGGGAAAGAAGACGAGGAUACUGUUAAGGACCUGAACCGGCUUACCAAGCUGCUGAACGAUGAUGUGGAGGCUGUCAAGAAGGGCGAGGAGUCGAUCUGCAAGAUCAUCGAUGCGGACUGUGUCGACACCAUUGUCUGUUACCUUGACAUGAGACAGCCUGAGGUUGUUCGCGGCCACGCCACCCUCGCCACGUCUGCCUACCUCAAAGCUGCGGGGGACGAUGGGAGCAAUAAACUGCACGAGUUUUUCCACCAGAGAAUCCAGAGGGGCACCUACGACGACUACAUCGUGGCUUUCUGUGUGGCCGCUGCCAUAUUCCCCGUUGUUCCCGACCUCACUUCGGACCUGUUCCUGGGCGAAGGUUUCCUUCCUAGCCUUGGACCCUUGAUGCGACGGAAGUGGAAGAGCCGCAAGGUUGAGACGGCGUGUCUGGACAUGCUCAACGCGGCUUGCAUGAACGCAGCCUGUCGCGAAGCCGUACAGAAGUACUGCACCGAGUGGUUGGAGGAGAUAGUUGACCAGGAUCCAGAGGAUGCUGUGAGGGCCAUGCACUCUGCCAAUCCAGAUGCAUCGCUCGCUGAAGGCGGCUCCAUUUCAAUGCGCAGGCACUCGGAGCAGGUGCGGAACCUUGCCAUCGUGGUUUUGGCGAAGCUUAGGGCAGUGCAAUCAGCUCCCAAUCCAGCUGCAGAACCAAGAGUGCAGCAAGCAACGACGAGUAUUGAGGAUCUAUCAACAAUGCUCACCAACCUGCUCCUGAAGAAUCCGGAAGAUGGAAGACAGAACUCCAUUGAGGGAUUGGCUUAUGCAUCACUCCAGCCCAAAGUCAAGGAAGACUUGUCGAGGAAUAGCGAGUUCCUCAAGAAUCUCGUUAAAACCCUCCAGGACGCACCACCUAAAUCUCCUUUAACUUAUGGAGCUCUGAGCAUACUUGUGAACCUCACGCGCUACCAACCUGUUCAGUCUGAGGAGCAGAAGAAGAUGAGCCAACUCAAGGCAUAUGCCAACGCGGCUGGAAAAUUGCAACCUGACACUCUCAACGACAACAAGCACGUAUCAGAGCGGUGUAAGAAGGUCUUCGAAGCGGGCGUCACCCCGGUCCUCGUCUCUCACAGCAAGAACGGCUCCCUAGCCUCCCUGUCUCUCAUUAUCUCGAUUAUCUACUCCCUGUCCAUGACCCCCGCCAUCCGUGGCCAACUCGCCCAACAAGGGGCUGUUCGUCUCCUUAUCGCUGCGUGGACAUCUCUGCCCCCUACGGAGCAUCUGCCCCGCAGAACAGCCGCCCAAGCUCUUGCCCGCAUCCUCAUCAGCACCAACCCGGCCCUUGUCUUCGGCGGUACAAGGCCUAUCCCACAGAGCGCUGCCAUCCGCCCUCUUGCCUCUAUCCUCGCACCCGACCCCACAGCCGAGACUCGCGACCUGCUUCCAACUUUCGAAGCGCUGAUGGCCCUGACCAACCUUGCGUCGACGGACGACGAUACGCGGCGGACCAUUGUCCGGGCUGCCUGGGCCGACAUCGAGGAGCACCUCCUGAGCUCCAAUGCUAUGGUCUCUGGGACUGCUGUCGAGCUGGUGUGCAAUCUGGUACAGGGCGCUGAUGCUGCCGCUCUGUAUGUGGACAGCAUGAACCCCCAAGUCAAGAACCGGCUCCACAUCCUCCUCGCGCUUGCCGACGCCGAAGACGAAGGCACACGCAGUGGAGCAGGGGGCGCAUUGGCUGCCCUAUCUAGCUAUGAGGGCGUCGUCAAGGGUAUUUUGGCCCGCGAGCGGGGUGUGGAGGUUGUGUUGGGUCUUUGCGCCGAGGAGAACGAGGAGUUGCGGCACCGUGGCGUGUUUGUCGUCCACAACAUGAUAGCCACCGUGGGGGAGACGGGGAAGCUGGCGCGGGCCAGGAUCAGAGAUCUCAAAGGCGUGGACAUCUUGACGCAGUGCGCGAAGAAGAGCCAUCGCUCCGAGGUCGUUGAGGUCACAGUGGCGGGUCUGAAAAUUCUACUUGAGGAGACUUGA